AGGUUCAGUUGAAAUUUCGAAUACAGAAAUAUAUCAACUAAGUCAAGAGCAGACAAGGAAACUAUCGAAAUCACCGUCGAAAUCGAUUACAAUAUCAAGUAGCUUAUUCAAAAUACCGACUACUGAAAAAUAUCAAAUAAGUCAAGAGGAAACCAGUAAGCUAUCAGAAUCUGCACCUCAAUCGAUUCAAAUGUCAAUAAGUUCAUUUGCAAUUCCGAGUGCAGAAAUUUCGAGUAAAGAAAAAUAUCAAAUAACUCAAGAGGAAACAAGUAAGCUAUCGGAACCUGCGCCUCAAUCGAUACCAGUUACAAAAAGUUCAGUUGAAAUUUCGAGUACAGAAAUAUAUGAAUCAUCCUCGAAAACAAUUACAAUAUCAGGUAGCUUAUUCAAAAUACCGAGUACUGAAAAAUAUCAAAUAAGUCCAGAGAAAAUCAGUAAGCUAUCGGAAUCUGCAUCUCAAUCGAUUCAAAUGUCAAUAAGUUCAUUUGCAAUUCCGAGUGCAGAAAUUUCGAGUAAGGAAAAAUAUCAAAUAACUCAAGAGGAAACAAGUAAGCUAUCGGAACCUGCGCCUCAAUCGAUACCAGUUACAAAAAGUUCAGUUGAAAUUUCGAGUACAGAAAUAUAUGAAUCAUCCUCGAAAACCAUUACAAUAUCAGGUAGCUUAUUCAAAAUCCCGAGUACGGAAAAAUAUCAAAUAACGCAAGAGGAAACCAGUAAGCUAUCAGAAUCUGCACGGCAAUCGACUCAAAUAUCAAUAAGUUCAUUUGCAAUUUCAAGUACAGAAAAAUAUCAACUGAGUCAAGAGCAGACAAGAAAACUAUCGAAAUCGCCGUCGAAAUCGAUUACAAUAUCAAGUAGCUUAUUCAAAAUACCGACUACUGAAAAAUAUCAAAUAAGUCCAGAGGAAACCAGUAAGCUAUCGAAAUCUGCACCUCAAUCGAUUCAAAUGUCAAUAAGUUCAUUUGCAAUUCCGAGUGCAGAAGUUUCGCGGACGGAAAAAUAUCAAAUAACGCAAGAGGAAACCAGUAAGCUAUCAGAAUCUGCACGGCAAUCGACUCAAAUAUCAAUAAGUUCAUUUGCAAUUUCAAGUACAGAAAAAUAUCAACUGAGUCAAGAGCAGACAAGAAAACUAUCGAAAUCGCCGUCGAAAUCGAUUACAAUAUCAAGUAGCUUAUUCAAAAUACCGACUACAGAAAAAUAUCAAAUAAGUCCAGAGGAAACCAGUAAGCUAUCGAAAUCUGCACCUCAAUCGAUUCAAAUGUCAAUAAGUUCAUUUGCAAUUCCGAGUGCAGAAAUUUCGAGUAAGGAAAAAUAUCAAAUAACUCAAGAGGAAACAAGUAAGCUAUCGGAACCUGCACCUAAAUCGAUACCAGUUACAAAAAGUUCAGUUGAAAUUUCGAGUACAGAAAUAUAUGAAUCAUCCUCGAAAACAAUUACAAUAUCAGGUAGCUUAUUCAAAAUCCCGAGUACGGAAAAAUAUCAAAUAACGCAAGAGGAAACCAGUAAGCUAUCAGAAUCUGCACGUCAAUCGACUCAAAUAUCAAUAAGUUCAUUUGCAAUUUCAAGUACAGAAACAUAUCAACUGAGUCCAGAGCAGACAAGGAAACUAUCGAAAUCGCCGUCGAAAUCGAUUACAAUAUCAAGUAGCUUAUUCAAAAUACCAAGUACUGAAAUAUAUCAAAUAAGUCCAGAGAAAACGAGUGCGCUCUCGGAAUCUGCAACUCAAUCGAUUCGAAUGUCAAUAAGUUCAUUUGCAAUUCCGAGUGCAGAAGUUUCGCGGACGGAAAAAUAUCAAAUAACGCAAGAGCAAACCAGUAAGCUAUCAGAAUCUACACGUCAAUCGACUCAAAUAUCAAGAAGUUCAUUUGCAAUUUCUAGUACAGAAACAUAUCAACUGAGUCAAGAGCACACAAGAAAACUGUGGAAAUCGCCGUCGAAAUCGAUUACAAUAUCAAGUAGCUUAUUCAAAAUACCGACUACUGAAAAAUAUCAAAUAAGUCCAGAGGAAUCCAGUAAGCUAUCGAAAUCUGCAACUCAAUCGAUUCAAAUGUCAAUAAGUUCAUUUGCAAUUCCGAGUGCAGAAAUUUCGAGUAAGGAAAAAUAUCAAAUAACUCAAGAGGAAACAAGUAAGCUAUCGGAACCUGCACCUAAAUCGAUACCAGUUACAAAAAGUUCAAUUGAAAUUUCGAGUACAGAAAUAUAUGAAUCAUCCUCGGAAACAAUUACAAUAUCAGGUAGCUUAUUCAAAAUCCCGAGUACGGAAAAAUAUCAAAUAACGCAAGAGGAAACCAGUAAGCAAUCAGAAUCUGCACGGCAAUCGACUCAAAUAUCAAUAAGUUCAUUUGCAAUUUCAAGUACAGAAACAUAUCAACUGAGUCCAGAGCAGACAAGGAAACUAUCGAAAUCGCCGUCGAAAUCGAUUACAAUAUCAAGUAGCUUAUUCAAAAUACCAAGUACUGAAAUAUAUCAAAUAAGUCCAGAGAAAACGAGUGCGCUCUCGGAAUCUGCAACUCAAUCGAUUCGAAUGUCAAUAAGUUCAUUUGCAAUUCCGAGUGCAGAAGUUUCGCGGACGGAAAAAUAUCAAAUAACUCAAGCGGAAACAAGUAAGCUAUCGGAACCUGCACCGCAAUCGAUACGAAAUACAAAAGGUUCUGUUGUAAUUUCGAGUACAGAAAAAUAUCAACUGAGUAAAAAACAGAAAACAAGAAAUCUAUCAAAAUCAUCCUCGAAAUCAACUACAAAAUUAGGUAGCUUAUUCAAAAUUCCCAGUACUAAAAAAUAUCAAAAAACUCAUGAGGAAACAAGUAAACUAGCUGAAUCCGCACCCCAAUCGCUUCAAAUGUCAAUAAGUUCAUUUUUAAUUCCGAGUGCAGAAAUUACGAGUGCAGUAAAAUAUGAACUGAGUCAAGAAAGAACAAGAAAACUUUCGAAAGCUCAAUCGCAAUCGAUUACAAUAUCAAGUAGGUUAGUCAAAAUUCCGAGUACAGAAUAUCAAAUAACUCAAGAGGAAACAAGUAAACUAUCAGAACCUGGACAUCGAUCGAAACGUUCAUUUGCAAUUUCGAGUGCUGAACAAUAUCAAACAUUUCAAGUGGAAACAAUAAAUCUAUCGAAAUCUUCACCAAUAUCUAAAAAAGUUUCAAGUAGUUUAUUCAAAAUUCUGAAUACAGAAAAAUACCCAACACCUCAAGAAAAAAAAAAUGAAUCAUCAAAACCUCUACCUCUGUCUACAACUAAAUUUUUUUCUCAAUAUAUUAUUAAAUCAAGUAGUUUAUUUUCAAUUUUAAGUAAAGAAAAAAAUGGAAUAACUAAAGAGGAAACCAAAAAGCUAUCGAAAGCUACACCUCUAUAUAGUAAAAUACCAAGUAGUCCAUUUAAAAUUCCGAGUACAGAAAAAUAUCAACUCAGUAAAGAGGAAACAAUGAAAUUAACAUCAAUAAGUUCAUUUUCAAUUUCGAGUGCAGAAAAAUAUUAUGCAACUCGAGAGGAAACAAGAAAACUAUCCAUAUUAUCACCCCAAUCGAUAUUAGUAUCAAUCGACACAAACGACAAUAUAUAUAGGCAAUCGGUGACAACAGAUGCAAACUUAAGAAAAAGUAGUUUAAAAGAAAUUGUAAUGAUACCCGUUUAUUCAGCAAAUAUAAAAACAGAAAAUGAAUUAAUAAGUUUCAAUUAUCAUACAAAUACACAUAUAACCACAAUUAAACCAGCUAUAUCUGAUCAAAAUUUAUCUAAGGAACACACAGAACAUAGAAUAUCAUUUGCCCAGCAAUCGAGAAGUAUAUCCACAUUCGCUGGCAUUUCUAGUUAUAAAAUAAAUAAUAGGGAAACUACAAAUUUUUUCAAAACUAACUUUAAUAAAUCAAGGACUGCGAGAUUAUUAAGCAGCAGAGCUCCGUCAACAGAGCUGCCAAUCGGCACUGACCUUACUGAAGAAGGGCUUUGUUUGUGUACAUGCGUGAUUGACCCCGAUGAGGACAUUUGCUCUUGUAACUGUACAAUCACGAAGCCUACCUUAUUAGAUACUACGGAGAAAACAAUAAAGAAAAUUCAGCCAGGUGUUCUCCCCACAAAGCUGAUUGAAAAUUUGAUGAAUGAAAAUCAAACAAAAGCUGGACACACUGCCAACAAAAUUGCGUCUGAUAAUAUGAUAAGCCAUGUCUCUAAAACAUUUCGAUUUCCUUAUGAAACAAUCAAAAAUAAAAACCAAAGUCCUAAAAUAGAUCUGACAGAGCCCAUUAGCACCAAGUUACAUUUUACUAAACAUAGAAAUGACUCAAUAUUUUAUUCUAAUGAUGAUAAAUCGGAAAGGUUAAUUCAGACGUAUUCCAGUUUAAAAAAGCGUCUGAUUUCGACAACUGAAGAAUUUAUCUCUUCGAAAAACUUACAGCCUUUAAACUUGAUUGUGGGGAAUAUUAUCAACAAAAGACUUGAGAGUAUUAAAAAAAAAUAUAUGUUUCCAAAAGUAAAUUCAUCAAAUAAUUAUGAAUUCGAUGAAAAAAUCAAGAUGCUAAAUUUGUCCUCACAUUUGGGCAAACCGGGAAGUCAUAUUAAAGUUAAUACUUAUUCAAAUUUUACAAUUUAUGACAAGACGCGAAUCGAGUUGGAGAGCUUGAUAUUUUUUAAGCUUAACAAAAUUUUAAAAAACAUGAACAAAACAAAUGUGUCUUCAGCAUGUAUUGAACAUUAUAAAAAUAUGGCCAACGAUUUAAUUACAAGCUUAGUUAAGUCCAAUACUGAAAAGUGGAAAAUAAUAAGAAAAAAUCAUCUCACAUGCCAUAUAACUCAAAAUAUUUUAGUCAAUCAACCAUUAAUUAAAUUGACCUCUCAAGCGAUUAAGUCAAACACAUCAAAACAUGGAAGCGGGGGACUACAAUUUUGUAAUCAAGAGAUAUUCAGUCCAACAGUUAUAAGUAAUAUUAACUCAUCUUCGAGUUCAAACUACAAACUGAAUAACAAUUCAUCCGAAGAUCUGUGUACUAAUAAGCUCAUGAACAUCAUAGAAGCGUAUCAUCAAAAUAAAACCAAUCAUAAUUCUGAGUUUGAGCAACUCAUUCGUAGGAUAAAAGUGGCAAUCAAAGAGAAGUGGAGUAACGAAAAGAAAUCAAACUUAAUACAGGAGUUCUUGGAUUAUGAAAAAUUACGAAGAUAUCUCGAUCAUAUUUUGUUGGGUAAGAUUGACGAAAGCGAUAUGAGACUCGCAAUAGUUAAAAGUAGAAAAUGUUGGAACUACUACACCAAAAUCAAAGUAAUGUUUAACAAAGCAAUGGAAGAAUCGAAUGUUAGGAAACAGUAUUUAAUAGGAAAUAUAUCUAUGGUGUGUAGUGAGACCGGUGUUUGAAUAGAGAAUUACAAAUGUGAAAC